CUGACAAUGUCAUGUCCCGACAAUGUGACUUCUAACUCCUUUUUGAUGGACUCGCUGGCCGGUACCUGUAGAGGCGAGAAUUAUUCCUCUAACCAAGGAAUGUAUAUGCAGCCUGGGAGCGAUUUCAGCUGUGGAAUGAUGAGAAACUGUGGAAUUAUCCCGUCUCUUUCCAAAAGAGACGAGGUGAAUACCGCCAGCCUGUCUCUCAACACCUAUCCAUCUUACCUUUCUCAGCUAGACACUUGGUGUGACCCAAAAAAUACUUACAGAAUCGAACAACCUGUUGCAAGACAGCUCCCAUCCUGCUCUUUCCCAACCAAUGUCAAGGAAGAGAAUGUAUGCUGCAUGUAUAACGCUGAUAAAAGGGCGAAAAAUGCCACAGAGACAGCCCUCUACCCCAAUCAAAUGCCUGACUCUUGCCUAAAUGACCAUGAAGUCCCUGUUCCUAGCUACUAUCGAGCCGGCCAAGGUUAUUCCUCUAUGGAGAAGACGCCAAACUGCAACAAUCCAAAUGAGUUUGAGGCAAGUUUUGACUCCAGGGCGAGUCUGAACCCAAGGAGUGAGCGUCUGGAACAACAACAAGCCCCACCACCAGUGGCUAAAGUGAGUUUCCCCGAAAACACAAAAACAGAUAAUACCCAGAACACAUCCACCAACGAAAUUAAAACAGAAACAAGUGCCCCAGCUCCAAAAAUAAGCUCUUCGGAAGCAGAGAAAGACCUGAAUAAAAGCACUGACACCAGCACAGACAAUUCUGACAAUGAAGCAAAAGAGGAUAUAAAGGCAGAAAACACUACAGGAAAUUGGCUGACAGCAAAGAGCGGAAGAAAGAAAAGGUGUCCUUACACUAAACACCAGACGCUGGAAUUGGAGAAGGAAUUCUUAUUCAAUAUGUACUUGACCCGUGAGCGCCGCCUGGAGAUUAGUAAGAGUAUUAACCUGACAGACAGACAAGUCAAAAUCUGGUUUCAGAACCGCAGGAUGAAACUCAAGAAAAUGAACAGAGAGAACCGAAUUCGCGAACUGACUUCCAAUUUUAAUUUUACUUGAGCGUGUUCAAUAAUAUUUAAGGAAGGGGAAAAGGGGAAAAGAAACCUUGUUCAUUUUUUUUCUGGGUAUCAAUGCAAUGCGUAUGCAAAAAUUAAGGACCUCAUAAGCGUCAUUUGGGUAUUUGCAGUUUGUAGAGCGAAGAUGCAUCGAUAUAAGCAUGAGAAUAUAUAUUGCAUCCAUGUUUCUAUGUAAAAUAAAAGAUUGAUAUGGUUGCUAAAACAGCUUAUAAAAUGUUUUAAGUU